AUGUCUGGAGAACUUCCACCAAACAUUAACAUCAAGGAACCUCGAUGGGAUCAAAGCACUUUCAUUGGACGAGCCAAGCAUUUCUUCACUGUAACUGAUCCCAGGAACAUUCUGUUAACCAACGAACAACUGGAGGCGGCGAGGAAAGUGGUCCAUGAUUACAGGCAAGGAAUUGUUCCUUCAGGUCUCACAGAAAAUGAAUUAUGGAGAGCAAAGUACAUCUAUGAUUCAGCUUUUCAUCCUGACACUGGUGAAAAGAUGAUUUUAAUAGGAAGAAUGUCAGCUCAAGUUCCAAUGAACAUGACCAUCACAGGUUGUAUGAUGACAUUUUAUAGGACCACACCAGCGGUGCUUUUCUGGCAGUGGAUCAACCAGUCCUUCAAUGCCGUGGUCAAUUACACCAACAGAAGUGGAGAUGCUCCCCUCACUGUCAAUGAACUGGGAACAGCGUACGUUUCUGCAACAACAGGUGCUGUAGCAACAGCUCUAGGACUCAACGCAUUAACCAAGCACGUCUCUCCGCUCAUAGGACGUUUUGUUCCCUUCGCUGCGGUGGCUGCGGCCAAUUGCAUUAAUAUCCCGUUAAUGAGGCAAAGGGAACUCAAAGUUGGCAUUCCUGUCACAGAUGAGAAUGGGAACCGCCUGGGCGAGUCAGCAAACGCUGCCAAACAAGCCAUCACGCAAGUAGUUGUCUCCAGGAUCCUGAUGGCAGCCCCUGGCAUGGCCAUCCCUCCAUUUAUCAUGAAUACUCUGGAAAAGAAAGCCUUUCUCAAGAGGUUCCCAUGGAUGAGCGCACCUGUUCAAGUUGGAAUAGUUGGCUUUUGCUUGGUAUUUGCCACACCUCUGUGCUGUGCUCUGUUCCCUCAGAAAAGUUCCAUGUCUGUGACAAGCUUGGAGGCCGAGCUGCAAGCCAGGAUCCGAGAGACCCACCCUGAACUACAGCGUGUGCACUUUAACAAGGGGCUAUAA